ACCGUGACUCGCCUUUGCGCAUGUGCAGGGUGAACGUCGGAGAAGGUGAAGAUGGCGGCUUCCCGGGCUGCAGCCCUGGGAGUCCGGUGGCUGCAAAGGACAACCCGCGGCGUGGUGCCACUGGAGGCACGGAGAGCCUUCCACAUGACCAAGGACAUGUUGCCGGGGUCAUAUCCUAGGACUCCAGAAGAACGGGCCGCGGCCGCCAAGAAGUAUAAUAUGCGUGUGGAAGACUACGAGCCGUACCCAGAUGAUGGCAUGGGGUAUGGUGACUACCCGAUGCUCCCUAACCGCUCACAGCAUGAGAGGGAUCCGUGGUAUGACUGGGACUACCCAGACCUCAGGCUGAAUUGGGGUGAACCGAUACACUGGGACCUAGACAUGUACAUCAGGAAUCGUGUGGACACAUCUCCUACACCUGUGUCCUGGGAUGUCAUGUGUAAACAUCUCUUCGGCUUCGUGGCUUUCAUGGUUUUCAUGUUCUGGGUAGGGGACAUGUUCCCUUCCUACCAGCCUGUGGGUCCGAAGCAGUAUCCUUACAAUAAUCUGUACCUGGAGCGAGGCGGUGAUCCUACCAAAGAGCCUGAGCCCGUGGUUCACUAUGAGAUCUGAGGAGGCUGGAUGGGCUGUGCCCUCUGAAUAGGACUCCCUUGUUCCUAGAGGUUUAACCUUAAUGAAGUCCCUAAUAAAGCGCAGUGCUGUGA